AUGGUGACAGGAAUAGAGCCGGCUACUCAAGACUUUCAAGUGAGUGCUAACUUACUUGCUAAAGUAGAAGAAGUGCUGAUAAAUCCAGACCGACUACACAUCGGCAAGAAUAUUGGAAAAGGAAACUUUGGCUGUGUAUUCAAGGCAGUAGUCGACUUGACGAAAACUGUUGCAGUAAAAUGCUUGUCGGAUGCGAGCAGGAUGGAAACUGUAAUUGAAUUCAUUAAGGAAGGUCUGCAGAUGAAAGAUUUAGACCAUCCCAACGUUGUGACCUUAAUUGGCAUCUCCUGGAACAAAGACGGCACUCAGAAUACAUUGCGCAAUUCUCCACUCAUAGUGCUACCAUACAUGGAGCUCGGAGACUUAAACAACUUCCUCAAAAAAUACCGUUUUCGCAACUUCUUUAGAAAAAAUACAUCUAUUGAUAUUUCUCAACUUUUAAAGUUUUCUCUCCAGAUAGCAAGAGGAAUGGAAUAUUUAGCUGGCAAAAGAAUAAUUCAUCGCGAUCUAGCUACAAGAAACUGCAUGAUCGACUGGGACUUAAACCUAAGAGUCGCUGAUUUUGGUCUAUCUAGUGUACUUGCUGCCGGAAAAGAUUAUUAUCGUUCAGGAAAGCGAAGGCCGCUUCCAGUGAAGUGGAUGGCUCCGGAGAGUCUAUCAGAUUUAAUCUUUACAUCAAUGUCAGACGUGUGGUCGUAUGGUGUGACGUUGUGGGAGAUCAUAACGUUUGCUAAACAUCCGUAUCCGGGACUUGACAACACUCAUGUCCUAGAAUACAUUGCUGGAGGAGCAAGAAUGAAGAUACCAAAUGGAUGUCCACAUAAAAUAUACAACAUUAUGUUGCGAUGCUGGGAGGAAGAACCGCUUACCCGUCCAUCAUUUACUGUCAUAGCUGGAGAGCUUGAAGAGAUUCUUGUGGUUCUGGUGGGAUACAUUCACGUAAAUCCAAGCAAAUCAAUUGACGUCAUCUACUCUGAAAUAGUUGUUGAUGACGAGAUUGGGCCUUCUGAGAAUGAAAACGGCCUUGUUACGCAAGAGGAUUAG